UUCAGUGCUUUUGCUUUGCAGGAUUUUCAAUUCAUCCUGGUGAGAAAUGGGUGCUGGAAACUGAGAGGUUCUAUGAAAUCACUGUUGAAGUGUAUGAUAAGUCAAGUAAUAAGGUGUAUUUAUCUGAGAACAUCAGAAUUGAUAUGUACUUCUCAAAAGAAUAUUUCAAAGUUGUGCAGUCAUCUCUGAAUGGUUCAUAUCACUACAUAAAAGCAAUAAAAGAAGGACAUACCAUUCUUAGUGCUACAUUAACUUCUAUUGUAGAUCAGGAUGGAGGUGUUCACACAUUUUCUCUUCCUGCACAAAACCAGCAAGAAGUAGAUAUCUAUGCUCCCAUUGUUCUUCAACCAAGCAUUUUGACCUUUCCAUGGCAGGCAAAAGCAGGAGUCUAUCAGUACAGAAUCCUGGCUUAUGGUGGAAGUGGAAAUUUUACUUGGUCUUCAUCUCAGCAAGCUGUUGCUUCAGUUACAACUAAGGGUGUAAUGACAACUGGGAAUGAGAUUGGUGUCAGUGUCAUUCAUGCUAAAGAUGUUCAGAAUCCACUACACCAUGGGGAAAUGAAGGUCUAUGUGAUAGAACCCAGUAAUAUGGAGUUCACACCUUGUCCAGUUGAAGCACAUGUGGGCGAGAUACUGGACUUGCCUCUGAAGAUUAUUGGUGUGAUGAAUAAGGAAACCAAUGAGAUGGUCACUCUAAGUGAUUGCUCACAUUUUGAUUUAGUUGUCAACAUUGAAAACCAUGGUGUGUUCAGUCCAUUUCAAGGGAGACUUAAGCCAACUCCUGAAUACUGCAGUGGGAUCAGAGUUAAAGCUGAAACCCAAGGGUAUUCAACACUUGUUGUUAGUUAUACCCAUGAUCAUAUUCACCUCAGUGCCAGUAUCACCAUAGCAGCCUAUCUCCCAAUAAAAAUUAUUGAUCCCAUUUCUGCUGCUUUGGUAACUUUGGGUUCCUCUAAAGAUAUCCUCUUUGAAGGUGGACCCAGACCAUGGAUUCAAGAGCCAUCCAAGUUCUUCAGAGAUAUCAAUACAGAACAUCCAGAGAAUGUUGGUUUAUAUUUACUAGGGCUACCUACAUCUAGGAAUUCUUUCCAGCAUUGGGCUAGAGCAACUUGCAAAACCCUAGGGGAUCAAGUAAUUUCAUUAACAAUUGGCAACAAGCCCACUGUAACUAACCCCUUCCCAGCUGUUGAGUCAGCUGAUGUGACAUUGAUUUGUGCCACUCCUUCUCGGCUAACCUUGGCACCUGUAUCUACCGAUCCUAAGCUAGUGGUUUCCUGUCCCUUUUUUCACCAGGACAAACAAGGGGUUCCUGUUACAAUUUCCCGCAAUCCAGUAUUGGAGCUAGAAGUUUAUGAUCAUCAGGGGCAUAAAUUUGACAAUUUUAGUUCUCUUACUAUUACCUGGGAAUCAACAGAACAUUCAUUAGCUAGCAUAGAGCCCAGUGUGCCCAUGGAACUGUCUAUGAAAGAUCAUGGAAGCAGCCAGAAGAAAAUGCAAGGUCUGCAAACUGUUUUAGUUCAUCAUAAACCAGGAACAACAACAAUAUCUGCUACUGCAGUUGGCUAUCAGCAUGUUCAUUUGAUCUCCAGUGAAGUAAAGAAACCGUAUGAAGCUCUUGUACCUGUAAAUGCGGGUAUUGAACUAAUACUUGCGGAAGAUGUUAAAAUGAAUCCUAAAGAAGUGACUAUUUAUAAUCACCAAGCAGUUAAGGCUGAACUCCUAAUUAAUGGGGGCUCUGGAUAUUUUUUUAUUAAUACCAGUGUUGCUGACAUUGUUAAAGUGGUAUAUGAAGAAGGUAAAGGCAUUGCUCUGAUAUAUCCCAUAUAUCCAGGGUCAGUGUCUGUAAUGAUCCAUGACUUGUGUCUUGCAUCUACCACCGUUGCUAAAACUGAGGUGUAUGUUUCUGAUAUACAAGAAGUAUAUGUUGGAAUUGUUGAUAAGGUAGAAAUUGGCAAAAAUGUUAAAGCAUAUGUCAGAGUGCUGGAUGCUUCAAAGAAAUACUUUCACAGUAAAAACUUCAACUUCAUGGACUUAACUCUACAAGCAGCAUCUCAGAUUAUUUCCUUAAAAGCCCUUGGUGAAACUUCUGAUGAAUACACAGCUGUUUUUCUAGUGCAUGGCAUGGCCAUAGGUCAAACCAGUGUUACAGGAGUUGUCACUGACAGAUAUGGUGAAAAGAUCUAUUCAACUCCACAACAGAUUGAAGUGUUUCCUCCUUUUAAAUUGAUACCAAAAAAAGUCACCUUACUCAUAGGUGCAGUAAUUCAAAUUACUUCUGAGGGAGGACCCCAGCCUCAGUUCAACAUAAUCUUUUCCGUCCACAAUCCCAGUAUCGCUUCCGUAAACAACAGUGGCUUUAUAAGAGGCAUAUCGGUGGGCAACAGUACUGUAAUGGGAAUGGUUCAAGCAGUUCAUGCGGAAGCUGGCAAAGUUGUGGUUGCAUCCCAGGAUAAAGUUGAAAUUGAGGUAAUUCAGCUUGAAGCUGUCAGACUCCAUGCACCUAUUACCCGAAUGAAAACUGGAACUCAGAUGCCAGUAUAUGUGAUGGGCAUUGCUAGCAAUCAGACCCCUUUUUCAUUUGGAAAUGCAGUGCCAGGCUUAACAUUUCAUUGGUCUGUAACUAAGAGGGAUAUCUUGGAUGUCAAGUCAAGAUUCAGUGAGGCUUCCAUUCAGCUCUCAGUGGAAAAUAAUUUUGCUGUGGAUGUUUAUGGUAAAGGGAAAGGAAAAACGGGGUUGAAGGUUGUUGUGAAAGUCCUUGAUCCUUCAGCUGGACAGUUCUCUCACAUGGCAAAAGAGUUGACAGAUGAAAUCCAAAUACAGGUAUUUGAGAAACUAGUUAUUCUAGGAAUAGAAGUAGGGCAGAUCUUAAUGUCAACAAACUCCUUUUUUAAAGUUCAAACAAACAGGGAUGGAGCUGCUUCUCUGACUUACCAUGUCCUGGAUAGUCAAGACAAAGUUCCUGUGGUAGAAAUUGAUGAAAGUGGUCAUCUUAGUUCUCAUUCUCAGAUUGGACUAUCAACAAUAGAAAUAAUUUCCCAAGAAUCCUUUGGCAUGAACCAGACCCUUGUUGUUGCUGUCAAGGUAGCUCCUGUUUCCUACCUGAGAAUAUCCAUGAACCCAAUUUUCCACACACAAAACCAUGAAACUUUACUGGCAUUACCACUGGGCAUCACCUUGAGUUUGACUAUCCACUUCCAUGACAAUUAUGGAGAUACUUUCCACUCUCAAAAUUCCAUGCUUCGCUUUGCAGUCAACAGAGAUGAUUUUUUACAGGUUGGGAAAGGGACCUCUAACAAUACUUUGGUACUUCGAACAAUGAAUGUUGGACUAAGUUUGCUUAAGGUUUGGGAUGCGGAACACAACAAUAUUGCAGACUAUGUGCCUCUUCCUGUCCAACAUGCCAUCUUACCUGAGCUCACUGAUAUUGUUGUAGGUGAUGUCAUGUGUUUAACUUCCUCACUGGUAAUUCAAGAUGGUUUGUCAGGAACAUGGAGUUCUUCUUCAAAUAGUAUUCUUCAGAUCGAUUCAAAAGCAGGAGUAGCUGUAGCAAGGAACUCUGGAAAUAUUAUAAUAUAUUAUGAGGUACCUGGAUUGUAUAAAACAUACAGGGAGGUGUUAAUUAAUGAACCUAAAAGGAUUGUGGCAACACAUGUAAGUGGAAUGAAAACAAAUCUUCAGGACACUUCCAAAGCUAUAGUUCAAAUUGGACACAGAAGUAAAAAUUUGAAAGGAGAAUGUUCAACUGCCCAAAAUGAAGUAAUUGAGAAAAUGAAGCCUCAGUCUGUCAUCAGCUGUCAGCUUAAUUUCAACAACAAUGCGUUUGAUUUCCAAGCUUCUGAAAUUGUUGCAGCUGAACCCAUGUUUGAUGUAGCUUCAGGACAAUAUACUUGUUCCAUCAGAAUGCUCAGACUAGCUGACAAGCAGCUAAAACAACUCACUAUGAGCAAAACUGCCAUCACCAUCACACCUUCACUCCAAGGCAGCCACUCUUUAGAGCAGAUUAGCGCUGAAGUGCCAUUUAAUCCAGGAUUCUAUGCUAAUCAGACUGAAAUUAUCCUAACUAAUCAUUAUACAAGUUCUGAUGUGAAGAUCUUUGGAGCCACUGAAGUUCUUGAAAAUCUUGAAGUGAGAUCCAGCUCACCUAUGGUGGUGACUUUCGAGAAAAACAGAUCCUAUGGCUUACCUAGUUAUGUAACCUACACUGUGAGUUUAUCAGACCCAGAACUUGCAAGUAAAGCAGAUUUAGAUACUACCCUUACUAUAUCCAGCACAAUGACGGACCAGUCUAUAGCUAUCCCAGUGACAAUCACUUAUGUAUCUGACAGAACUCUAUCAGUGAGAUAUAAUCCAAGUUUAUUCCAACACUUCUAUGAUUCCUAUCAAGUUAUGUUUUUUACGUUUUUUGCACUUUUGGCAGGAAUGGCUGUUAUGAUCAUAGUGCACUAUGCUGUUUUCUCACCAAAAGAACAGCAAAUGCAUCCAGCUUUUAUCACAAGGACCAGUCCUCAUCACAGACAACAUACCGGAGUUCCUGUUACUCCUACAACUUCCUUCAGCCCUGCUUCAAGCCAACAAAGCAGUUCUCCCAGCAGGCUGUGGAGUCCUCCGUAUGCUUCACAAUGAAAAACUCUUCACCACAAAACUUCCUGUUUUGAUUUUAAGCAACAUGGACAUUUGAAGUAUAACAUUUAUAUACACCAUACAUGGUAGUAACACCUUGGUUUAUAAAAACUUUGUUUAGGAUUCAUGAUGUCAUUAAUGGGGGAGGAAAAUUCACUCAGCACCUGUGCUGAGCCACUCUGCUCUCCUGCUUCAGUUAAUUUCAGCUAGGAUUUCAAGCUGCUAUACAUGCAUUGCAUCUGCUUGCUUCCUGUGGAAAUAAUAAUUUUAUCAUUUGAUAAGAGGGCUUGAUAUCUGAGCCAUAAUGAAAGUAUAAGGCCCAAACAUGAAAGAAAAAUAUGUUAGUUUGAAUUCAGAUUGUAUUACUUUAUUUUUAGGCUCAGGAAUGAAAUGUUCUGCACUGAUACUUUUUUGCACUGUUUGGCCUUCCAGGCAUUUGAACUUGCUGGCUUAGGAAGUAGUUAUAUGAACAGUUGUCACAUAUUUUUAUAUGUAACAAAGAAAGGAAGAAUAGGUAGGUACUUAGGUAGGAAGAGAGAGAGAGAGAGAGAAGGUAGGAUUUUUAUUUACUGCAAAAUUAUUAAUAUAGUUUCAUUCAACUGAUACUGCACAAUUUUUUCCAUUUAUUUGUCAAUGAAAUCUUUUACUAUAGCAAACUAUGCAUUUUUUAAAAAAAUGUUUUAAUCAAGUUUUUUUUAAAAAAAUGUUGUUAGCCUAACAAAGAGAAGACUGCAUUUUAUGUGUUUUUAGAAGUGUUAAAUACCUCAGCGGAGUCUCCGUAUGCAUCUGGUGACUUGUAAAUUAUAACUUGGAUCAGGGAAUUUUAUCUUUGCACUACUGGGUUAAUGUGAAUGCUACUUUUUCUACUGAAGUUAGUUCAGAGUUACUGCUCAUUUCAGAAGUUUAGCACAAGUACAGAUAUCCUGAUGACUUAUAUAGCUGGUACAAUUAAUACUUAAGCUAGCUAACUGUAUUCAACAAUAGGCAUUGUAUAAGGUAUUAAAUCAGAACAUAUGGUAUACAGACAAAAUUUGCUUUUUGGAAGCCACCAGUCUGUUUGAAGUACGAACAUUAUUUUUUAUGAGCCCUUUUUUCUCUGCUAUUGUUGUCAGAGUCUGUAUACUUUCUGCAUGCUUCCAUCUAUUGGUUAUAACAACAUAAAUACAGUUACUGAAUGUUACAGCAGUAAAGAAUUUCAAAAUUCAGUGUAAGCCAAGUAUAAAAUGUGACUUAUUAAACCAUGUCUUCACAAAGGCUUUUCUAGAAUUACCAAAAACCAAAAAACCAAAACACCUUACAGGACCAAAUAGUGAGUCACUGUGCAAAUACUAACCUAGUAGAAAACAAGACUGCCCAUAAAAUACAAAAAGCACUUCUUCCAGACAUUGGUAUCACAAUACAAUAAUGCGAUAUCAACUGAGAGACUAUUCCAACUGAAUGUUCUAAAGAUAACUUUUAUUUGUAGUAUCAAAUACAAUCUGGUAUCAUGUCAUUUUUGCAUUAUUUAGAAUAGGAAUUCUGAAAAGUCUUGCAGAAUAAUCUUGGAUGGGUUCACAAAGGGAUGGCAAAGCUGGUCAUUUACCUGUUAGGCCUGCUGACUCACAUCAGCCCAGAAGUAUGUGCGUUGUGAUGGGACCAAUUUCCUUUCAUCAGCUGUGAGAUUGUGAGAGGCUCUUUCAGCAAUAAAAUCUGGAUUCAGCAUAUUGCAAAAUGGCGCCCACCAAUCCAGUAAUAGCUUUGCACCUAGGUGAACAGGAGUUGCCAGUAUAACUGUACCCCUCCAGCUGGUGGUAUUCUCUUAUUCUAAUGCUGUGAGAUUUUGAAUAUGCUUAAUUGUGAAUUCUAAACAUUUUUUAAAGAAAACUAAUGACAUUUCAUAGAAAUUAAAAUUUACAAACAGUGUUGAUAGUUAAAGGCUUUGAGUUUAUGUGUUUAUUAUUAAAAAAGAUUAGCUACUUUUCUAUAUUUCUGAAACAUC